UAUAUGGGAAUCAGUGAGAGUGAGAGUGGGAGUUCGAGUCGGAUACCGAGACUCACUGAGUCGGAUGACUCGGGGAUCCUCAACGAGCGAAUUAUGGUUCUGGUCUUCGAGUCAAUAAAGUGGGAUAUCCACGUCCUCUGCCGGGCGGCGGCUGUCAACCGGCGGCUCCGCGCGCUGGCGAAGCGGCUCCUCUGGCGGCUUCUGUGCCUCCACCGCGCGCCGCGGAUGGUUUCGGCGCUGGCGGAGGGAUCCUCCAACAGCCGCGUCGUCGGCGGAUGGCACGCGCUGGCGAAGCUGCUGUUCUUCUGCGGCGGCUGGGAGUCGGCGACGCCGCGGUUCGAACUGAGGCGGCCGUCGCCGGGACACUUCGUCAGGUCGGCCCGGUUCUCGAAGACUUCGGGCCGGAGCUUCCUGACGAAGAGGUGCAGAGGAGACGUGCUGUACGUGAGCGACCCGUGCGAGCACCCCACGGCGGCGGAGGAGCAUCAAGACGACGUCGGAAUAUACCGGGGGGUAUUUCGGGCAUUUAUGAAGUCGAGGACGCGGGAUUUUUUGAUAAGGAAGCGGGUGGAUUUCGAAGCUGGGGUGAGGUGCCCCUACUGCGGGACCCGCGUCUGGAGCAUGACGGCGGCGCGGCUGAUCCCGAGGAAGAGCGCGGCGCGGCGGCUGGGCUCGAACGACGAUGGGCUGGAGUACUUCGUGUGCUUGAACGGCCACCUGCAUGGCACGUGCUGGUUGGUCCACCUCUCUUCCGACGAGGACGUCUCUGCAGAUAGUACUACUCCUGAUGAUAACGACGGCGGAGAACAUGGCGAUGGUAGUGCCGGCGGCGGCGACGAUGGUGAUGGGUCUUCUAGCUAG